AUGAAAUGUAGAUCUAUCAGAGCUGGACAUUGUCCAUGGCUUGUAUGUGUGACUGUAAACGAAAGACCAUCACAUGCACAACUUUAUGGAGGCGUCCUUAUCUGUAUCUGUAUAAAUGAGGUUUAUUUAUUAACUAGAAAAGACUGCUGAACCCUGCUGAGCUGCUCAAACACACACACACACACACACACACACACACACAGCCGACACAUUCACGCUAUAACCGCAGGAAAUGUCUGGGUCACUUCCGCUACUUUCAGUUCGCCCGAUCCGCUGCAUGGUGGAUGAACGCUUCGAGGUGCGCGUGCAGGAUCUUCAGCCUGGGGUUCGGGUCACAUUGCACGCGCUGCUGCAGUCAGAGGACGGAGACUUUUGGGAAGCUUUUGGUCACUAUGUCAGCGAUGAGACAGGACAUGUCACAGUAUCUAAAGAUCCCAGUCUUGGUGGAUCAUAUGAAGGAGUUGAACCCAUGGGUCUGCUGUGGAGUAUGAAACCUAUUCCUGGAAGCAGGACAGGCCUCAGAUUUCGCAAGAAGGAUGUCUACACACCGAUGGAUGUCCACAUAUCUGUAUAUGAAGACCACGUAACUGAGGGAUUCAGAGAGAAACCUCCCAUAGCAUUAGUUGUGACACAGAGGUGGUACACUGCCCCAGGGAUCCAGAGGGUUAAUGUUACGGACAAAGGGUUAAAGGCGGCCCUUUACAUCCCACCAGGCCCUGGACCUUUCCCUGCUGUGCUGGACCUCUGGGGUGGAGGUGGAGGCCUAGUGGAGUAUCGCUCUGCUCUGCUGGCAUCCCGAGGCUAUGUUGCUUUAGCACUGGAGUAUAUUGGACGAGUAGACGCAGAUGGAAAGCCGUACAAAGUAGACAAUGAAUACUUCGAGGCAGCAUUCACUGUGUUGAAGGAGCAUCCACAGGUUUCUCCAGAAAGAAUUGCAAUUCUGGGUUUGUCCUUUGGUGUCUCUGUCACCCUGGGCAUGGCGGUAUACUCCUCAGUGAUAAAGCCCAGGUGUGUAGUGUGUGUUAGUGGAAGCCACAUCAUGCCUGUCAAUGGAUCGCUGGCUGAUGUCUUUGCUGAGAUCAAAAAAAAUGUCAAAAACACCCGCUAUGAUGAAGAACAAAGAAUCAUAUGGCGAGAUCUUCUGCUUCCAAUACCAGAUGAUCCUUUAAAGAAAGUUGAGAUGGGUCGUAUCAAGUGCCCCGUUUUAUUGAUCGUUGGGGAGGAUGAUCAGAAUUGGCCAGCAUCAGAGUCUGCAGAAGAUAUGAAGCUGAUGAUGGAACAUGCCGGCAAUAGUAGUCUGUUGACUGUUCUGUCGUAUCCUGGAACUGGACACCUCAUCGAACCUCCUUACAGUCCACAUUGCCGAGCCAGCAACUUCAUGUUGGCAGAGUCAAGAACUAAAGUGGUGGUGCUGUGGGGUGGACAAACGGAGCCUCACAGUCGAGCUCAGGAGGACUCUUGGCACAAAACCCUGGCAUUUCUGGAGCAGCAUCUCUACAGCAUUAAUGAUUAACAUCAAAUAUCAAUUACAUUGUCCGUAUGCAUUUUAUUAGAGAAAAAGGAAGAAAGAAAGAAAGAAAGAAAGAAGUUCCGAUUUGAUAUUACACAUUUUAUAUGCAUUAUUGACUAUUGUGUUUUGUAUUAUUGAUAAUCAUCAAUAUAUAAGAAUUAAAUUUAAAUUAAAAUUUUUUUAAAUGUGUAGCAGCAUGGGGCAAAUUCACUUUCACCAGUGGAAGCAAAGUACACAAAUAUAAAACCAAAAAUAUAUAUACAGUAAUCUACAGUAAAAUAUUUUUUAAACAGAUUUUCAAAAGACUUGUAUGCUAUACUUGAUCAAAUGAUAUAUUGUACAUUUACCUAUACACUGUUAAAAACUAAACAAAAAAAGUUUUUUCUCUGCAAAAUCUGAAAUAAACGUAUUUCUAAACACGA